CUUGCCUCACUGUCGUCGCGCGACCGUACCGUGCUUUCCCCGCUUUCCUUUCUCCUCCAUCUGUUCAGUACCGGACUGAGAGGUUUCCCUUUUCACAUCUGGUCAUCUCUCUCACGCAACUCCAUCACCAUGUCCCGAAAGCCAGCCGAUGUGGCGUCGAAGGAACGCAACGAGUACAUUCCGUCUUUCAUCUCCAAGAAACCGUUCUAUGUCGAUGAUGACGAUACCACCAACGAUUAUCUUGAGCAUCAACGUCUGCAGAAGUCGACGACAGAUCAGUCGAAAUGGUAUGAGCGUGGCAAGCGCGCGGGUCCAGCCGCUACCAAGUACCGCAAAGGCGCCUGUGAGAAUUGCGGCGCCAUGACCCACAAAACGAAAGAGUGCCUCAGUCGACCUCGGAAACACGGUGCCAAGUGGACUGGGAAAGACAUCCAGGCCGACGAAGUUAUACAGGAUGUGAACAUGGGUUGGGACGCUAAGAGAGACCGGUGGAAUGGCUAUGACGCCAGCGAAUAUCGCCAGGUGGUCCAGGAGUAUGAGGAGCUGGAGAAGCUCAAGAAACUUACCAAGGAAGGGGAGAAGAGGCAAAAUGGGCUCACAGACGGUGAGCUUGAUGAGGAGGAGGAGGCCCCGGAAGAGGAAGCCCGCUACGCAGAAGAGUCUGAUAUGGGCCGACAACAAAGCACCGCGACUCGCAACCUACGUAUUCGUGAAGACACCGCUAAAUAUCUGCUGAACCUCGAUCUGGACUCCGCGAAAUACGAUCCGAAGACGCGGCGCAUGGUUGACAUGGGCGCCCAAGAUGAUCAGGCAGCAGCACUGGUGGCUGAGGAGAACUUCGUGCGGGCCUCCGGAGAUGCUGCUGAAUUCGAGAAGGCACAGCGGUAUGCUUGGGAGUCUCAAGAGAAGGGUACGCAGAAGAUUCAUCUGCAGGCGAAUCCAACAGCAGGCGAGAUCAUGCGCAAGAAAGCCGAGGCCGAGACAGUGGCCAAGCGUGAUGCUCAGCGCAAGGCUCUUUUGGAGAAAUACGGUGGUCAGGAACAUCUUGACCCAACUCCGCUACGAGAAACCAUGGUGGUUGAGAACGAAAGGUUUAUCGAAUAUGACGAGACUGGCGCCAUCAAGGGCGCUCCCAAGAAAGCAGCAAAGUCCAAGUACGCGGAAGAUAUCCUCAACAACAACCAUACCUCCGUUUGGGGAAGCUGGUGGCACAACUUCGAAUGGGGAUAUGCCUGCUGUUUCUCUACUGUGAAGAACAGUUAUUGUACUGGUGAGGACGGCAAGCGCGCUUUCCGAGAGGCAGACCAGAUCUUGAUGCUACCGGAAGGAGAUGGCGAAGACGCUACCGAACAGUCUGGUGACCUUGAGGAGAACCACGCCAAUCCUGAUCAGGCGGGCUUGGAGAAGGCGGGAGAAGUGUCCAACGCAAAGACGAAGAAGAGAACUUUGAUUGAGGUGCAGUCAGGAAUCACGGAGGAAGAGCUCGAUUCAUACAAACGAAGCAGGCUUGCUGCGGACGAUCCUAUGGCCGCUUUUAUGGGGAAAGAUGAUCUGGUUUAGUGGCUUUUUGGCAAGAUAUUUCUCUGCGCCUCUGUUUUGCGACAUGAAUCGCGCAAUGCAUAUAGAUACCCUUCUUCGAAAUUGUGGAUAUAUCGAUAUAUUGAUUGUAUGGUAUUUGAAUGCAACGACCAUUCCGACCAUCACCAAGGAGGAAGACAUGGAAAUGACCCAUCGAUGGAAACAAACAACUAAGUUGUAGGGCGCUAGUCCAGUCUCGGGUUAGCUAC